UCGAGCUCUCUCUCUCUGGCCCGCCCCCUUUCCGGUUCCUAGGCCCAGACCUCUGCUGCGUGGACGAACCGAAGCGAUGCCGACCGGGGACUUCGACUCAAAGCCCAGUUGGGCCGACCAGGUGGAGGAGGAGGGGGAUGACGACAAGUGCAUCACCAGCGAACUUCUCAAAGGGAUCCCACUCGCCAACGGGCCCGACCUCAGCCUCGAACCGGAAUUGUUGCCGGGGGCUCCACUCCCUGCCCCAAAGGAGGUGAUCAAUGGGAAUAUCAAGACCAUUACGGAGUACAAGGUGGAGGAGGAUGGCAAGAAGUUCAAGAUUGUCCGCACCUUCAAGAUCGAAACGCGUAAGGCUUCCAAAGCUGUGGCGAGGAGGAAGAACUGGAAGAAGUUUGGAAAUUCAGAGUUUGAUGCCCCAGGUCCCAAUGUAGCCACCACCACAGUCAGCGAUGAUGUCUCCAUGACCUUCAUUACCAGCAAAGAGGACCUCAACUGCCAGGAAGAGGAAGACCCCAUGAACAAGCUGAAAGGCCAGAAGAUCGUAUCCUGUCGUAUCUGCAAGGGCGACCACUGGACCACCCGCUGCCCCUAUAAAGACACACUGGGCCCCAUGCAGAAGGAGCUGGCUGAGCAGUUGGGGCUCAGCACUGGCGAGAAGGAGAAGUUGCCCGGAGAGCUGGAGCCCGUGCAGGCGGCGCAGAACAAGACUGGGAAGUACGUCCCGCCCAGCCUAAGGGAUGGGGCCAGCCGCCGGGGGGAGUCCAUGCAGCCGAACCGCCGAGCCGAUGACAACGCCACCAUCCGAGUGACCAAUCUGUCGGAGGAUACCCGCGAGACAGACCUGCAGGAGCUAUUCCGUCCAUUUGGCUCCAUCUCCCGCAUCUACCUGGCCAAGGACAAGACCACCGGCCAGUCCAAGGGCUUUGCUUUCAUCAGCUUCCACCGCAGGGAGGACGCGGCCCGGGCCAUCGCAGGGGUGUCUGGCUUUGGUUACGACCACCUGAUCCUCAACGUGGAAUGGGCCAAACCUUCAACCAACUGAGGCAGCUGCCCCCCGCACCCCAUCCUGGGGAAGGACAAGUCACAAGAAAGAGAGACCCUAGCGCCUCCCUUCCCCAGCCCCAAGGAAUAAACUGCAAUCAACUGACAAA